UUACUCCGAGAAGGCACGGGGUACUUCAAUUUUUGGGGGGGUUAAACCCUAUUUUGUGCUUUUUUCCCCCUUUUGUUGCAAGGUUUAAACCAACAAAUGGAACUAGAAUGUUACUUUUAAAGUCAGUUUAAUGCUGAUAUUUGCUUAAACUGUCAUUCUUUUACUCGCGGACCAUUUUUGGGGAUUUUUACGCAGCGUAAAACCUGUUCCCUGUAAUUGGAUAAGCGAUUUUAACAGCCAGAGAAGAAUCGAGAGGAGCAAAGAUUCUUAAGGAUUGAAGUGAUCGGAUGACAAAUGCGGCUUUGUGGUGGAGCAGCGCUCUGAUAUCAGUCGCAGCGGCACCAUCAGAAGUAAAAAGUUGGAGAGAAACGCGCAAAUUAAGGAAGGCAAACUGAUGCGCUCGGGAAGGGAUGCCAGCCAGGCGUGGCUUCUAUCUGAAUAUCCAAUGUGAGAAUGCGUGGGGAGUUUGUAUAUAAUAGCCUCUUUCCCUUUGAUGACCGCAGAUAUCAAACUCAUGAUUGCACCAGAGGACUAUCAAUAAACUGAGAGUACUUUUUUUCUUGUGGAGGGGCACGGCGCGCACCGGGACGUGUUUGGCGUGCAUGGACCGGACUUGUGUGAACUUUUGUCCUCGCGCAGCUCUCUCCGUGUACAUGUGAAAAUGCCCGUGCUGAAUCUGACAGCUGUGCACACCAUGGCAGAGGUCGGGACGUUUGUGGGGACGCUCGACUUGGAUUUACAGAGCUUCCCUGCGCUGGGGAGCGUGCCCCUGGUGGAGUCUCCGGCGGGGCUGGACGAGCGGCUGGGGCAGAUUGAAGGCAGACUGCAGCGGGGGUCGCCCACUGAUUUUGGGCACCUCAAGGGGAUCCUGAGGCGCCGGCAGCUCUACUGCAGAACCGGCUUCCAGCUGGAAAUAUUACCCAACGGCACCGUGUACGGGACCAGGCAGGACCACAGCAGAUUUGGUAUCUUGGAGUUCAUCAGCCUGGCAGUGGGCCUGGUCAGCAUCCGAGGGGUGGACGCUGGACUAUACCUCUGCAUGAAUGAGAAAGGAGAGCUCUAUGGGUCGAAGAAGCGGACCGCAGAAUGCGUUUUCCGGGAGCAGUUUGAGGAGAACUGGUACAACACCUACGCUUCCAACCAGUACAAGCACACGGACUCGGAGCGCCUCUACUAUGUGGCUCUAAACAAAGACGGCUCCCCCAGAGAGGGUACCAGGACUAAAAAACACCAAAAACUAACCCACUUCUUACCCAGGGCGGUGGAGAUCGAAAGGAUUCCACAGGCGUACCGGGAUGUCUUUCAGUAUAGGUGACCAGUGCUUUCAAACUGGCUCCAUUAAGGACUAAAGAGGAGUAGCUCUGGAUAUUUUGGACUUGGUGGAGUCCUCUUCUCUCUCCUGGAGGUGCAUUAACAUAAACCCUGCGCCUGCUCCCGGAUGUGUCUGGGAUUUCUUUUUUCGGCGGUGGACUUCCGGCGCUCACUUCUGAAGGGCACUUUUGCAGGAAAGAGUUUUGUGGGCUCAAUCAGGGAGUCAUUAACCCAUGAUUUUUUUAUUUAGAUACUGAGGUGACAGUUAUCUGAAACGCUGAGACUUUUGUGGUCAAAGAAAAUGAACCCCAUUCAUCGCGCUCAAAUGAGGAAUCAAGGAAAGUUCGAAAACGAGAGUUUGCUCGGGAUGAAAGCACUUCCCCGACAGAAUAACUGAUAAGUUCUGUUGACAGAUGGUGACUUGUAAUGUUCGUAGUGUCAGGAACAUUAUAAAAAAAAAAGAAAAAAA